AUCUUUUUCCUACUUCAGUACCAUAUUUUUCAACAAACCAUAUUGAGGUUUGGAAAAAGAACCGAAAAACAAUAAUGGCAUUGCAAACAGCGGCAACUUUCAUGACACCAACCAAGGUUGGUGUCUCUAGCCGGUUGCAACUCAAGUCGUCUUCAUCAAGCAUUUGCAAGGCCUUUGGUGUAGAGUCUUGUGGAGCCAAUAAGGUCUCUUGCUCACUACAAGCUGAUUUUAAAGAUUUUGCUCAAAAGUGCACCGAUGCUGCCAAGAUUGCCGGCUUCGCUCUUGCCACUUCUGCCCUUGUUGUCUCGGGAGCAAGUGCUGAGGGAAGUCCAAAAAGGCUAACUUUUGAUGAGAUUCAAAGCAAGACAUACAUGGAAGUAAAAGGAACCGGAACGGCUAACCAAUGUCCAACCAUUGAGGGUGGAGUUGAUGGGUUCGCUGUCAAGCCAGGCAAAUACAAUGCCAAGAAGUUCUGCUUAGAACCCACGUCUUUCACAGUGAAAGCCGAGGGUGUAAGUAAGAACUCUGCACCUGAUUUCCAAAAUACUAAGCUUAUGACCCGUUUGACUUACACACUUGAUGAGAUCGAGGGACCUUUGGAAGUAUCUUCAGAUGGAACCAUUAAGUUUGAGGAAAAAGACGGAAUUGAUUAUGCUGCCGUGACUGUUCAGCUUCCAGGGGGCGAACGUGUGCCGUUCCUCUUUACGAUCAAACAACUUGUAGCAUCCGGUAAACCUGAGAGCUUUGGUGGAGAAUUUCUAGUGCCAUCAUACAGAGGCUCAUCUUUCCUUGACCCAAAGGGUCGAGGUGGAUCCACUGGAUACGACAACGCUGUGGCCCUGCCAGCUGGUGGGAGAGGAGACGAGGAGGAGCUUUCUAAAGAGAAUGUAAAGAAUGUGGCAGCGUCAACAGGGAAGAUCACUUUGAGUGUUACCUCAAGCAAGCCUGAUACUGGUGAGCUGAUCGGGGUGUUUGAGAGUAUUCAGCCUUCAGAUACUGAUCUUGGAGCCAAGGUUCCUAAGGAUGUAAAAAUCCAAGGUGUUUGGUAUGCACAAUUGGAGUAAUAGAUGAUUCGGAUUUUAGGGUUGAUGUAUUUGUGCUUUGUUACUCCUGUCCUGACAACCGAGGUGUAUCAACAUUUUCUUGCUUGUAUAUUAUCAAGAAUACUUAUAAUGAAUGUUAUGAUAUAUUUUCUUGUAUGCAAA